UGUUCAGAACUACGUCUCUAUUGAAAUGGACAUUUUGCAGAUUCUAAGUUCGAUACAAUAUUGUGAAAUGUAAAUAAUUAUGAACGAAUUUCCAGAUACCAUUGAAAAGACUCUUAUGGACCGGGUGACAUCGGUGACAGUUCUGUGAAAGUUGUUUUGGGUUGGUCUUAAUGCCCAUUUAUGUACGUUGCCGUUGCACACAAGAAGAAUUAUGGUCCUUGUUCAUUGCUGCUGCAAUAUCUAUUUUUUACCUGAAGAAAAAACCCAUCACAGAGUGUUACCACCAUGGCUGGUGAACCGGAUUCCAAUUAUGGCUCAUAUUGUUUAAGCACUGUCCAGAGUAGCAGUAGCAGUAUCAGCAUGUCGUUAAUCGAGAGUGAUCUAGUCGAGGACCAGCCGUCCACCAGUGGAUGCAGUAGUGAACAGCCAUACACUAAAAGAUUGGCACUGAGGAAAAGUCGUAAAGAGCAAGUGAAGCGCUACCUGAAAGAGUUAAAGGGACUUGUUGUUCAGCCUGAGGGUAAUAUUGGGACGCUUUCUGCUCUCCAACAAGUUGUCGACACAUUCAAACAAAUCAAAGAGGAAAAAGAAUCUUCUUCUAAACUUGCAAAGCAAGAAAAUGAGUUUAAUUUGCCGUUCGAUGAACAGGAUGAUUUGAACUCACAGUGUCUCAACCAAAAGGAAGCAUUAUUUUUCAAUCUGAGCUUCCCAAACCUUAACAUUACUGCAGUAUCCAAAAACAUAGUGGAGGUAUUAGGUUAUCCUGAGCCAGAUUAUCUUCUUGGAAGGGAUAUUUGUAACUUUGUCCACAAGAAAGACAUUGUUACGAUGAAUAGCAGCAUGUCUGUUCAUCAGGAGUUUAAAGACGAGGACAGUCCUAGUAGUGAUGACAAUGAAGGAAGAUGCAGCCUCCAGAUUCAGAAAAAACUGUUUUACUUUAGGCUAAGGAAAUACAAGGCACUGCCAGGUGGAUUCAGACUUUCUGCUAAGGAAACAGAGUUCCAGACGUUUCGGGCAACAGUUGUCCAACAAUCAAACACAGUUGAUCCCUUACGCAAGAAAAAAAAGUUAUCCAUUGUACUGAAAUGCGUGCCUGUGAAAGCAGCAUAUGAAGUUGAUGACAAGUCACAGAAUAUGACCUUCUCGACAAGACACAGUCUCUUCUGUAGCUACAGUCACAUUGACUCCAAGGCUAUUCCACUGUUGGGAUUUCUCCCCCAGGAUGUUGUUGGCAUGUCCAUAUUUGAUUUUUAUCAUCCUGAUGACAUAGAACUGCUGUAUGGAAUCUACCAACAAGUUGUCAACACAGAGGCCGUGCCAUUUCCAUUUGAAAGUCCUCCAUUUCGGUUCCGGGUGCGUAAUGGAGAUUGGGUGUAUGUAAAGACAGAAUGGUCAAGAUUUGUGAAUCCCUGGUCCCAUAGAUUGGAGUUUGUCAUUGGUCAGCACACAGUUAUCAAGGGACCGACCAGAACAAACAUAUUUGGUCCAAUGCUGAAUGAUGAAAUGAAUGUCAGUUUGUCCGAUAAUGAUGCCACCCUGAAACAAAGGAUCAGAGACUUGCUACUUAAGCCUUUGGUACAGGUACAGAUUGCCACACCCACCCCAAGUGUAGAGAAACAUAGGCAUGCAGAAGAUAUUCCGUGGACAGACACAGAAGAUCCAGUCAAAGACCAGCUCUCCAUUUCAUAUGUGAAUGAUUCAAGUACAAGCAGUUCUGUGUCCACUAACAGAGAAACUCUGACAUAUGAUCAUUUGAAUUAUACAAGCAACAUCAAGAGAUUCCUGUUUAGUCAGAAAAACACGAUUUUCUCUCCGUUCUCUGACAAGAAGAGUGCUACCUCAACAGAGGAGGACUUACAGGAGACUUCGUCAUGUGACUCUGUGUUGGAGGUGGACAUAACCAUUCCAAUGCCUCCCAGUUUUGGUAGCAGCACCAAGGUGCUGGUGUCGGAACAGGAGCGGGAGGAAAGCAGUCUACCUAAUCAGCUGGACUGUGAAAUGUCUGUACAACCCAAAAACAUCACUACUGUACCAAUUAGCUCAACACCAAACUCUCCUAGUCUGUUCAUCAACAAAGACAUGGAACCAAAACUGAUGCCACUGGACAAGAGCAUGCCACAGGACAAGAGCAUGCCACAGGACAAAAGCAUGCCACAAGACAAGAGCAUGCCACAGGACAAGAGCAUGCCGCAAGAAAAAAGUAUGUUUCAAGACAAGUUCAUGCCACAAGACAAGUGCAUGCCACAAGACAAGGGCACAGUGCAAGACAAAGGUAUUUCGCAUGACAAGGGUGUGUUUCAACGGACGUCACUGACACAGGAGGUGCUCUGGAAACACACACGCAGGGAGGAGACUUUGUUCUUAGAAAAUGCUAAAGACGAUACCAGUUCUAUGUCAUUCAAACUGAAUGGAAAACGACUGCAUUCUCUGGACCCUAGCAGUGAUAACAAGUGGGACAUUAUCAAGACUAUCAAAAUACAGAAAAAACAGCCAGAGGAGAAACCAAAAGAAAGUGAGAACAAGGGCAGUUUCCAGGAACCAACAACUAGUGUUCCAUUCAGAAACCCUAUGUUUAUGCCUAUAAACAGUGCCAUGAAUGUGUAUCAAUCUCAAGGGAUGCCAUUUGCACCAAUGGACUCGGUCAAUAAUCCUUUCAAGUUGAAUAUGAGUGCUCCAACAAGCAUGGCGACAAGUACACCUAGUACAACAUCCAACAACAUGCAGUGGCCUUACUACCCACAGUCAGGCGUUUCUUUCAUUCCCCAAGUCAUGGAAGGGUUUUAUCAGCCAGGGACUGGAGCUUUCCAACCAAUCAGCAAACAAAAUGUACCUGUGUCACUGUCGAAAAAUGUACCACAUUCGGUGCCAAGUAUACCGUCUGUUGGUCUGUCUCAGUCUAUGAUUCAUGUCCCAGUACCAAAGAAGAGAUUUAGUCUCCAGCAGCCACAAGUCUACACAAAUGCACCAACAGAUGCAGUUAGAAGUAGUUUAUCAUCCACUCAUUCUUCCUCUAUGGAGGAGACAAGCUCAUCACUCUUGUACAUGUUGGAGUAUGGUAGUCCCAACCAAAGCUUCACAAGCUUAGAGGAUGCUGACAGACCUAAAAGGAUGGAGGCGCCGCCUUGGCUCAAUGGAAUCCAUUGGUCCUCUCCAGUUCGUAUGCGAUACAACAUACCAAAAAAGAAGCUGGCUAAAACAUUGCAGGAAGAUCGAGAGGCUUUGAGUAAAUUAAAUCAGCCAGAUCUUGUUUUCAAUCAGAUGACUAUGUUUGAGGAGGAGUUGGACCAGGUGACUCCUCUGCUUGACAUGUUUCAGGAUGACACAUUCUUGAUGUCUCCAGAUACAGAAUUAGAUGACCAGAUGCUAGGAAAUUUUGAGGAUCCAAGUGAUGAUAGCUCUAGCAAAUCAAAAACUAUAACCCCAGAAAGUGCAGAUCAAAGCACACCAAUUACAGAACGUGACCCUAAGAUGGAUGAAAAUAUCCAAGAAAAGGAUCAAAAGUUGGAAGAAUCUUUUUCCAGGAAUGAAGAAGAUUCCCAAAGAGUGUCUGAUAGGGAAUCUUUAAUUGACGAUGAUUCCUGUUGUUCAAAGUGUAGUGACAUGACACCGAGUGAUGAACGAAGUGUUGAGGAAGCCGAUAGUUCCCUCAAAGAAUCUGACGAAUCAGAUGUUGGCUGUACAGUAAAGACUUUUACAUCAAGGGCACCUGAAAGUCCUUUGAAAAUUAUGGAUUCCAGGUUUCAAAAGUUUUUUGCUCCUGUGCCGUUUCAUUUUGCAGACUCAAAAAAAGAUGGUCCACCAUGGAUCACAAAUGCCAUAGUGAAUCUUUAUACAAAAGUGAAGUACUGCAUAUCACCCAAAUCAGUUGAGAGUUCUUUAGCUGAAGAUAGACGGAGGUUAAAGGAAAUGCCACAGCCAGAUUUGGUAGUUCAGCAGUUGAAUCACUUCAUUGAAGAUAACAAUAUUUUACAACUUAAAGGAUCAAAAAGUCUUUUAUCAAACUCUUCAUCUGAAAAAUCUCAACAGACGUCUGUGGACCUUGUAUCAGUGUCGUGUAGUCAGUCAUCAUUCGAAUCGCAACAAGAACAACAAUAUGGAAAUGUGUUGAGUGAGGGUCAAACAGAUAACUUAAUAACCGAGACACUUGUGAAGUACAUGUUUCCUAUUGAACCUGGUACGACUCCGUUACCGAGUAUUACUGUACCUUCAUCUGUGCAAACAAAUAGCACUCAUACCAUCAACAGUACCAUUGAUUCAUUCGGUCAUGAAAACAUGGAUAUCUAAUUUAACAUGCCAUUGAAACUCUUUUACUGACGAUAAUAUUUAAUUGAGUAACAUGAUAAACAGAUUCAUUUUGAGACAAGAAAAACAACAUGGUGUUGAAUAUUGAAGAAAAACAGCAUGGUGUUGAAUAUUGAAGAACGGUUUAUAUCAUCUGCAUAAAGUACAUAUUACUUGAUGUUAACAUUUGAAUCACUUGUCUUAAAGACAAUAAAUACAAAACAAAAUUUUCUUAGAAAAUUGCUUCAUUUAAUCGCAGAUCCACUUUUAAUUUAUGUGGAUUCAAAACUUUGUGAUUUAGGAUGAUAAGUCUGACGAAACGAAAAGGGCAAGAAGUAGGUCAAAUGUUUUAGGAAUAGGUAAUUGGUAGUUUUAUAUGUUGUAAUGUGAAUAUACCCCUUUAUUUAUUUUUCCUUUUUACCAAAUAAGGAAACCUUUGUAAUUAAAAUGUAUUCUUUUAUGGUAAAGUUUUUACCAAAAAAUAUUAAGGGCAAACAAUGUUGUGAUUGUAUAUGUUCCCACCCAUUUCAUUGUCUAUCUCUCGCAGAUUUAGACCCCAAUUAAGCUGUUGAAAGAUUUUUCCUGGAUUAUGAUACUCUUUACUGUCAACAAAUUUUAUGACACUUGUUACACAUAAUCUCAACUUAGGCAGGUGUGUGCUUGGGAUUAAUUUUCCACAUAGGAAAUUUCAUCAGGGUCCUAUUCUAUAAUUUCUUUAUAUCAAAAAGUUAGCCUGUAGUUGGUACAGUUCUUGUUAGUGCUAUCAUUGGACUGGUGUUCCCUUGAGCAAAAGUAAAAUCCAACUUGAUCUAUAAUAUACCAUUUCCUGAUUGAAAUUAAACUCCUGGUCCAAUUUUAUUGAAAUUUUGCAGAAACUUUCCUUUGCCUAAGAUAACCAAAUUUGUGAAUUAUACAGUCCCCACCCCAUAGGGGCCGGAGGGAUGGGGGAAAAGGGAUCAAAUUGACUCAGAUUUCAAAACUUUUCUUAUCAACACCAGCUAUGGUAGAAUCAAAUUCUCAUCAUGAAUGGGAGCAUCUUAAAGUGCUUUACCAAAAUUGUGAAUUUCAUGGCCCCAGGGUCUCGCAUUUCACCAUGGGGAGGGGGUAAAGUUUACUAUAGUUGAUAUAGAGAAACUAGAUUUUUUAGCAUAAUUUGUUUGAUUUCCAAUGGAAAUAUUUCAAAAUUAUGAGUGAAGGAUGAUGGCUUGAAGGUAUGUCCAGAUUGAUCAUGACUGACCCCCAGGGACUGAUGGGCAGGGCCUAAAGGGGUCAAAUUGACUUUAAUUCAAAAAUCUUCUUCUCAACACUGCAGUAUGGUAAAGUCAAAUGCUCUGUAUGAAUGAAAGCAUGGAAGGUGCUUUAAUUGCCAAAAGUGGGUCUCACAUUUCUUCCUGGAGAGGAAGUUUUUAAAACUUUACUGUAAUUUCAUAAAAAAAUUGCAUUUUUGAGCUUAAUGUUGGUUAUCUCCCACUAAAAACAACUAUGUAAAAAAUAUCAGUAUAGGAUGACAGUUUUGAUGGUAUACAUGUAUUGGCACUGGCUUACUAAAUUAAGUGUCACAAUUUCUGUCUAAUGACACUUGAUAACUACCCUUUAACCUUCAUAUUCAAUAUUGCUCAUCCCGGGUGACCGUCAAGGCCGCUAGGCCUCUUGUUCCAUUUUAAAAAAUCUUUGAACUUCAUGCAUUUUGUCCCAUGUGCAAUUUUCUGGACAUCUAUAGAAAUCUUUUAUAAAGAGUUGCUUUGAUCCAUCCGACUAUCACAACAUGGUAGAAGAUUUCUAUAGAUUGUUACUCUCUGUUAAAUAAUGCUGCAUUUGUAUUCAUGUUUGUGUCGUUGAAGUGUUUCAUGAAAAGGUUGAGUUAUCUCAGAAUGGAUACACAUUAAAGUGCUGUAAGUUGGAUGUAAGCAACACUUCUGACACUAUAGAGGUAUACAGAUAUGCACCAGAGAAUUAUAAGCAUUGGUGCAAGCUACACAAUGUGAAGAUUGUCACGAUUAUGGAUUUAAAGGUCACAGAUGCAAGAGAGUCAUGAUAUGGCUAAUUAUCUCAGAAAUUAUUGAUAAUUUCUAUACAAAUAUACAUUUAAAAAUUUCAUGUCUUUUCCAGGACAUCAGGUCAAAGGUCAAAGGUCAUUGAUGCAACCAGUUCUAAAAUGGCCAAUUAUCUCAGAAACGAUAGGUAUUGUCUCACACUAGAGUACUGCUAGCAUUGAUACAAACUACUCUUUGUUUGAGAGAUUCCAAAGUAUAUGUUUAUGGUCAAAGGUCAUGUAUGCUCUUGAAAGAGACAGUUUUUUUAAGUGAAAAUAUACAUUAGAGUAUUGUAAGUACUGAUGAAAGUUGAACAAUUACAAAGUUCUGAGUGUCAUUUGGUCAAAGGUCAAAUGUCAUGAGUGCAUUCUUCAGUGACGGACAUUCCUGAUAUUGAUUAAAUAUUUUGCAUACAUUGCACAAAAUAUUUUCUUACAUUACUACAACCAUUUACAUUUGCUAACACAAGUUCAACUCUUUUUUUUUUUACCAGAGUUAUUUCCCUUGAUAUUUUCCAUAUUUCUACUGACUGUCUCAGCCUCAUUAGGGGCAGUUAGCAGCCAGCACAUGAUGGGGUAUUGGCUAUCCCCUAAGUGACAGUUCCAGUUGUCAGUGUUGUUGGCAGUGACAGGGUAUCAUAAUGUCAAGUCUUGUGUAAAGGAUGUGUCUAGUCAUGUGUAAAGGAUGAGUAUUCUUGUAUGUUAAUAAAUUGUUUCAUUACAGCCAUUUUAAAGGUGCUCAAGUGGUCUUUAACGUCUCUGAAUCUCCCAUUCUUCACAUCUAAGCCAUAAUUUGUUAAGAUGCUGUGCUGAUACAGGUGACUGGGUGAGGUGAAUGUGUCUUCAGGGUAAGGAGCUCAAGGAUCCUGCAGAUCAUUUCAUUCCUAUAUUUUUUGUUUUUUUGUUUUUUUUGAAAGAGUUUAAUUUAUGAAUCUGAGAGUACUUGUAAUGACAGUGGAAGAGAUUUGAUUGUGCAAUAUCAAGAUUUGUUUUGUGAAAUGAAAAAAACUUUGAAUUCCCUUGCUGUUUUGCGUAUAGUAUGCUGUACCUAUAUGAAUUUAUUAUAAAUAAAAAGAUAUGAUUUCUUGCAACAA